AGUCAGCUAAGAGCGUGAUGGACGUUCACCAGGCAACCGUCGACGACCAGCGCAACUUCUACCCCGGCGAGCUGGUGAGACGGAAGAGCGAGGGCAGCGACACGCUGCCGGCCUCGCGAGCCGUGGCCGCGUCAUCCUCGUCGCUGAUGCCGCGCGGCGGUGGCGGCGGUGGCGCCACCACCACCAGCGCGGCGAUGGACAAGGUGGUGCGGUGUCGUAACAACAAAUGCGGCAACUCGACCACCCUGGCCGAGGCGAGAAGGACCUACAAGAGCUGCCACAAUUGCACCUGCCUAUACUGCUCGCGCGAAUGUCGACGAGCCCACUGGCAACGUCAUCGCAGGACCUGUCUGCACUCGCGUGCCGGCAGCCUUUGCCGCCAGGUGCUGUCCUCGGCGAAGGAGGACCCGGCCACCUUGAAGCACAUCUCCGCCCUCGCCAGACGCGGCUACGCCGCACACGGUCGCGGCGCGGUCAAGUGCUUCUUCUCGAGCCCCGAGGCGGCCGAGCGCUUCGUCGGCAACGGCUUCGCCGACCUCGGCGAGCCCACGUACGUGCGCUGGUCGGACCUGCUCCCGGGCGAGAUGGGCGCCGAGCUCUACGCCGAGCUGAUGCGCCUCUGCAAGACGUACAACCCGGAAGCGCGGCUGGUGCUCUACGUGGCGGUGUGCGUGGUCAGCGAGGUGCCGACCAGCGGCGCGGUCAGGUGGGAACGGCAACUGGUAUCCAGGUGCGCGAAGAUCAGGCUCGACGGCGCGGCCAAGCAGCACGCCUCCUCCUCCUCGGCGUCCCCGCAGGCCAGGCGGAGGCUGUCGCAACAGCUCGCCCCCGCGUCUCCCUGCAACAUCACCAGAGAGAUGGACUCGCCCGAGACUCUCGUGCUGACAUCGCUACCCGGUAACAACGGUCAGAACACACCGCGAAAAGCGCGAGAGAUUAGCUUCACCAAUAUUCAGCGGCAGCUCAGGCUCAGGGGGGUCUCCCUGAGGCGGCACUUCCCCCAGGUCUAUCGGAAACUUUGUUCCUACGUGGACGGCUCGGUGGACAAGUUCGCGCCGGUGACCAUCUAUCCCAGAGAUCAGGCGUCCGGCAAGAGCUUCAUGUGCAUCAUCAUGCUGGACGCGGAGCCCGAACGCCUUCAGCUGCUGCCCACGGACUCGUCCAGGGUGAGGACGGUGGACAUCAGCGUGGAGCAGGAGUGAGACUCGCGUCGUCCGCGUGGGAAAGGAUCCAAGAAUCGAGAUGGCUCAAGACACGUCGCUCAGGAUUUUCCUCAGGUUCGCGGGGAGGGAAUCGGAAACGUCGUGGAUGGAUCUCUUCGGGGUGAGCACGACUGACGUCGGCCGACGUGGCGGAACAAGAGCGAGGAUCACACUUGGAUGAAGGGAUGAAGUCGAGAGAAUUGCAGGCGAUCGCGAGGGACGUCGCUCAGAAUUUUCCUCAGGUUCUCGAGAGAAAGAUCGAAGAUGUCAAUGGCUGCCGACGGAUGCUUUCAGACUGAAGACUACUUCAUCAGCCAUUGGAGUUAACUCGGUUACAAUGUAAUAGCUCUAAAGAUACCCCCAAUUUCGUCGGAUAUCUUUUGGACGUCUAUAUCGUUCGUGAGAAUGUCUAGGUAGAAGUAUCUAGAUGAGAAUGUCGACGGAAGUCCCAGAUGGGAGGCUCUGGAGGAGCUCGACAUUCGAGCUCACGGACUCGUAAUGACUUUACA